ACGUGACACCAGCGCGAGUAUAUUCGAGGCGGAACAUCAACAGAGAGCAGCAGAACCGAGCGCAGCGUCCAGCGGAGCGGAGCCCACAGCAGCUCCGAGCCUUUUGUGUGUUUCCUCCCGUACGCGGGCGCAGAAAGCCAUUGCUUUCCGACUUCAGCUACAGUGAUAGCUAAGUUUGGGAAGGAGAAAAAGGAGAGACGCCGUGUCCUUUUGCUUCUUUUUUUGUGUGCUGGUGGUGUUGUUGUUGCCGUCGUUACCCGACAGCCAGGGUCGACCCCCACACAACCCCCACCCCCCUUUUUUUCUUGCAACAGCACAAAAGAGGAGACAGCGUAAAGACAACAAGAAAAUAAUUACAAAAAUUCACUUGGUUAUUUUUGUUCCCCCUAUUUUGGGACAGCUUAACAAUGGAUACCUCUGGACCCAAGAAGACGUGCUGCGAGUCCGUCCGAGACUUCUUCACCUCGGCUAAAUUCCUCAUUUACAUGGGACACGCCAUGUCAACAUGGGGCGACCGAAUGUGGAACUUCGCCGUGGCCGUUUUCCUGGUGGAGCUGUACGGGAACAGCCUGCUCCUGUCGGCCGUGUACGGGCUGGUGGUGGCCGGCUCCGUGCUGCUGCUGGGGGCCAUCAUCGGGGACUGGGUGGACAAGAACCCCAGACUCAAAGUGGCCCAGACCUCGCUGCUCGUCCAGAACAGUUGCGUCAUCGUGUGCGGGAUCCUACUGAUGGUUGUUUUCCAGUUCAAAGAACAGCUUGUGGAGCUUUACAAUGGAUGGAUUCUGACCACCUGCUACAUUCUGGUGAUCACCAUCGCCAACAUUGCCAACCUAGCCAGCACGGCGACAGCCAUCACCAUCCAGAGGGACUGGGUGGUGGUCGUGGCCGGCCAGGACAGCAGCAGGUUGGCAGACAUGAAUGCCACGGUGCGGAUUAUCGACCAGCUGACCAACAUCCUGGCUCCCAUGCUGGUGGGUCAGAUCAUGGCCUUCGGCUCCCCUUUCAUCGGCUGCGGCUUCAUCUCCGGCUGGAACCUGUGCUCCAUGUGCGUGGAGUACGCGCUUCUGUGGAAGGUCUACCAGAAGACGCCGGCGUUGGCCUCGAAAGCCGGCCAGAAGGAGCAGCAGCAGGAGCUCAAACAGAUCUGCUCGCCGAAAGACUCGGAGAGCGGCCAGAGUCCCGAGGAGUCGUCCCAGCCGCUGAUGAAUGAAACCUCAGUCGCGGCCAAGCCCGACUCUCCCAAGAGUCACGGCUGUUGCUACCAGGCGACCGAACCCCUGCGCACCUUGAAGGCCGGCUGGGUGUCCUACUACAACCAGAACAUCUUCUUCGCCGGCAUGUCGCUGGCUUUCCUCUACAUGACGGUGCUGGGCUUCGACUGCAUCACCACGGGUUACGCCUACACGCAGGGCCUCAACGGCUCGGUGCUGAGCCUGCUGAUGGGCGCCUCGGCCGUGUCGGGCAUCUGCGGCACCGUCGCCUUCACUUGGGUUCGCAAGAAGUGCGGCCUGAUCCGCACAGGCUUCAUUUCCGGCGUAGCCCAGCUGGCCUGCCUCGUGCUGUGCGUCGUCUCUGUCUUCGCUCCCGGGAGCCCCUUCGACCUCAGCGUCUCGCCCUUCCAGGACAUUUACACCCACCUGAUCGGAGAGAAGACGCUGCCCGAGGCCAACCACCUCACCGGCCUGUUCGCCGGUGGAAACGCCACGACCGCCGCACCGGCUGAAGAGCUGCCGCCCUUGCCGUCCUACAUGUCUGUUAGUCUGCUGUUCGCUGGAGUAAUUGCUGCUAGAGUUGGCCUGUGGUCUUUCGACCUGACGGUAACCCAGCUCAUCCAGGAGAACGUGGUCGAGUCGGAGCGAGGCGUGAUCAACGGGGUCCAGAACUCCAUGAAUUACCUCUUGGACCUGCUGCACUUCAUCAUGGUGAUUCUGGCUCCCAACCCGGAGGCCUUCGGCCUGCUGGUCAUCAUCUCCGUGUCCUUCGUGGCCAUGGGUCACAUCAUGUACUUUGGAUUUGCCUUCAAGAGCCUGGGCAGUCGCCUCUUCCUCUGCUGCUCGCCGGAGCAGAAGGUGGAGACGGUAGACCGCCUCUCACUUCCGACCACCGUCUAACCCCCUUUUUAAUUAAAGAGACUCCGUCCGAGGUACAUACUUCUCAAGCCUUACCCCGACCGCUGCAUCUUAUCUUAACUAACAUCUUUGCUUGUAGCAGGCAGAAUGCUAAUGCUAACGUAAACCAGAGAAAGGUAACUUAACACGCUAUGCAUACUGUAGCCCGUGAAUACAGCAUUAAUCAUGAGUAGAAGGAGGUGAGUAGAACGCUUGGAGUCAUAGAAAACUAAUACACAUUAAAAGUGAAGAUACAAGGGUUUUUUUCAACCUCAUCUGCGGGGGGGGGGGGGGGUCAAGCGAGGAUCCAUCCCUUCUGGGCUUCUGACCCCAAUGUGGGGUCCUGUUAAAGAAAUCAGGGGAUAAGGCGCCGUCAAAUAACCUCCUCCUUAACAGCCCGGAUCUAGCUGUAGAGCUUCAGAGUUUCAGUAAAGGUGCUUCAGCUAACUAAAACGGCAGAACGGGGGAGAAAUCUCGCAGGGAGGAGGCGCAGAGGCUCGGAUUAAAGAGAGGAACGUACCCCCAUUUUCUGACGCUCGCCUCUCAGGUCUGCUUGCUGCUCUCUGAUUGGCCAAGCCUGUACAAGUAGGUUAAGCUGGUUGUGGAUGCCUUCCUCCAUGUAGGGGGGAGGGAGGGUGCUCUUUAUUUAACCAAACACAAAACUGGGUCUCUUUUUUAAUACAUAGGUAUAAGGAUUAUGCAGUUAAACUGUAUGUAUUCAGGAAAGUGCAGUGUUUUUUUUAAUAAUAAUUGUAUCAUCAGUAUUGUGUUCCAUAAGACAGAAAAUGAGAAAUCCUAUGCAGUCUUGUCAAUAUCGCUCUCAGUUACCAAAGUCAAAGUCCACGCGUGGCAUAAAAGGAAGCGAGGGAAAACCAGAUAUCUGUCUGAAGCAUUCCAAAUAUAUAUAUUUGUACAUCAGCUGACAGAAGUAUACCUGGAUACGUCUAACCCACUCUGCGAUUGUACUUCAAUUAGUUUUUUUAUGAUAAUUCCGUGUGAUUUUUGUCACCUUUUUUUUGAUUUUCUGUUUCUCUUCUCUCUCUCUCUUCUUUAAAAAAAAAAAAAUCAUGAUUGUUGGUACACCGGCACUUUAAGUGAUUGACGUCUGUCAUUACACCGAACACGUGAUCAGGCAUUUGAUCAAUAUCUUUGCACAAGCCGGUCCUCGACUCUCCUACACACACAUCGUACAAUCUCACUUCAAUCGCUUCUCUUCUCUUUGUCAGUCUGUUCAGACUAAAAAAAAAAAAAAAAAAAGGGCACAUAAUGUAACACACAUGAGGAAAAACCUGAACCAGUCUGGGUAGCCUCCGCCCGGCAACAGACUCUGGACCUGGACCGGGUGGGUUUUAGUUCAGAGGGAGGGGGGUCCCAUUUUACUGAACUCAAGGUUCUGACACGUUUAGUCUAGCAAAAAUGUAUUUCAAUAGUUUGUGGAGUGUUUUUUAAAUUUUUUUUUUUUAUGCAUGCUUGUUUUCCUGUGAAGUGAUUUUGUAAAAGUAAAAGAUUGUUUCCCAAAAAAAAAAAAAAACUGAUGAAAAUCAUCGACGUUUGGAAAGUAGCUUUUACUUCAAAGUGACACUACUGUUUCUAACUGAACAAGCGGUCGCCGUGGAUACACGUGGCAAUUAAUGAUAAAUGCAAAAAAAAAAUACAAAUAAUGUAACGUUUUCCUAACAUUAUCCACCAUAAAGCUGCUGGUCGUAACAGACGGAGUAAUUAUUUUUUUUUUCCAUCUGAAAGAGGAGUAAUAGCUACUAGCAGAGUAACUAAUGUAGCUGUAACUAGUUCCUUUCCACCUCCGUUGCCUUGUUGUAAAUGACGCCCUCGACAAGCUGUUGAACGCACACACACACGUGGCCACGUCCGGGAUGGUUGCUAGCGGCAACCGACCUGCGAAGAAGUCUAGCCUGGGGGUGGGUGGUGGGGGGGGGGCUUUCCGGUAAGAAAUAUUUAGGUUUGGAAAACCGAGGUAGCCACACACCGGGAGGACUUAAGGCCCGCUUUUCAGCAGCACGUGCUGAGUCAGGAUAUAUAUGCAGGUGUGCCAACCAGGUGCCAACUCACUCGCCCGGCAGUGGAGCUUCAUGUUAGUGUUCCAGCCGGGUUUCAAAGUAAACCUCAAACUCGGCGUGGCCACGGGAACAAAGCCAGCUCUUACAAUGCUUGGUCUGCUGAUUCAGGAAAAAAAAAAUCUUACACGGCAAUAACUCUUUUUUUAAUGUAAAUAACAGCGGUCAGCCAAUAUAUACUUACUUAAAUACACAAUUGGAAAAUGCACAAAAAAAUUAUAUAUAUAAUAUAUAGUGUGUGUGUGUUGUUGUUGUUGUCAUGCUGUUGGUCUGGAAAUGCUGACUUUUCCUUCUUUUUCUACAUGUUUUACACCUAGUGUUAAGAUUUUGUGUUAAAUUGCCUUUUUGAAAAUUUGUGUAUAAAGCAAUUACUUCUUAUUAUUUCUGUAUCAUACUGCUUUUUAAUCUGAUGAUAUAUAUAUAUAUAUAUAUAUAUAUAUAUAUAUAUAUAUAUUUCUCUCUGUAUAUAUAUAAAUAUACCAGUGUUAUUGUAGUUCAAUAGUAAAAAACAUUCAAUCGUAAAGAAAUCAUGUACAUGUAAUAAUUGCACUCCACUGAAUUGGUACUUCUUGUUUUGCAUGAGGUCUCCUAAAUAAAGAAAACGUUCAUAA